UCUCUGAUAAUACAUACACAUAUACAUACAGCUUUCUCUCUCUAAAGUUUAUCUCUCUCUCUCUAGAAUUUUUUUUCAUCUUCUGAACAUAAUCGAACAUCUCACCGGUAAAAUUACAUCCAGUGACCAUCUUCGAUUGAUCGAUUGGUUUAAUUUCAAUCCCUUUUGCUUCGGGAUUCAAUCAGCGUAUCCGUUUUGUAUAGGCUGAUUAAACGAUAUCGUUUUUGAAUUCUUUCUUUCCCGCUGCCGGCUUUUGCUGCUUCGCUUAUUACCUGACUCCGACGAGCGUGCGAUUGUUAACCACCUCAUUCAUUUACGAAAAUACCUUGAACCGGAUUUUAGAAUUCCCUCCUUUUUUGUGAUAUAUAGAGAGCUUUUUUGGAGGGAGCUUUUCUGAGAAACUAAUAUAUUGCAUCUGUACUUUCCAUUUCUGACGCACUGAAAACUAGGAUUCCAUGUGAAAAUACGGUUAUGGCCCUUUAUAGGAAUUUGUCAAGUGGAACAGUCGAGCAGAGUGCAUUGAAUGAGGAAAACCACUCACACUUGAGUAUACAUAAUAAUAACACACACAGGAAUUUCGGUAACUCGGGUAGAGAAAAUGAAGAAAUAUUGGAACCCAUUUUGAGUAAUAAAAGUGGAGAAUACGGUGGUAGUAAUUUCAGGGCAGAAAAUACCCAUCAGCCUUCAAUGAGGAGUGCAAAUGCUGUUGGGAAAUGGGGUUCAAGUUUUUGGAAGGAUUGUCAGCCCAUGGAGUCCCAUAGAGGGUUGGAGUCUGGGGAGGAAUCUAAGAGUGGGUCAGAGUACAAAGGUUCCGAAUUGGAGGGGGAUUCUAAUGGUGUAGAGGAUAGGAUAGAUUCUGAAAAUGAUGAAAUUAGGCAGAAAGAAGUUGACGACAAGGUUCGUCAGCGUGUUCUUGCAGAUGAUAUGUUGUCUGAUGAGUAUUAUGAGCAGGAUGAUGAUGAGCGAUUGCAUCAUCAUAGAACAUUGAACAAGACAAGCAGAUUUAGUUCAAAGCCGCCCCCUCGUUCUGCUGCUGGAAACAGUGUUUAUAAGAAGUCUAAAGGAUUGAAAGCUGACCAAUAUGAUGAAGACACCAUUGAUUAUGAAGAUGAAGAAGACAACGACGACGAAGAUGAUCCUGAGGACGAUGAUUUCGAUCCUGAUUAUGGUGCCACAAGUGGAGGAGGCAGGGGAAAUAAGGAUAAAGACCAAGACUGGGGUGGUGAAGAUUCUGAUGAUGAUAUUGAUGAUGAUGAUCUGAAUAUCUCAGAUGAAGACGAUUCAUUUGGUAAGAAAAUUAGAGCCAAGCAGCGAGGUAAGGGUGCAAAUAAUUUGAAGUCUACUCGAGAAUUUAAAUCAGCUGCUCCAGCCACUAGGCGAAGGAGGGUUAGAACCUCUUUUGAGGAUGAAGAAGAAGAAUCCUCUGCUGAGGAUUCAGAAAAUGAUAGCAAUGAGGAUUUUAAGAAUAUGAGAAGGCGAGAUGCACCAGUUCGCCGAAAGAAUGGGAAUCAAUUUGUUUCGGAUAGGAACAAUGAACUUAGAACUUCAGGUCGGUCAGUUCGGAAAGUAUCAUAUGUUGAGAGUGAUGAAAGUGAAGAUCUUGAUGAAGGCAAGAAAAAGAAGAACCAAAAGGAUGAGGUUGAAGAGGAAGAUGGUGACGCGAUUGAAAAAGUACUGUGGCAUCAACCAAAGGGCAUGGCUGAAGAAGCUUUUAGAAAUAAUAGAUCAGUGGAGCCCACGCUGCUAAGCUAUUUUUUUGACUCGGAACCAGAUUGGAAUGAGGUGGAGUUUCUGAUAAAAUGGAAAGGCCAAUCGCAUUUGCAUUGUCAAUGGAAAUCAUUUUCUGAGUUGCAAAAUCUUAGUGGUUUUAAGAAGGUUUUAAAUUACACCAAAAAAGUGAUGGAAGAUGUCAAGUAUCGGAAGACUGUAUCACGCGAGGAGGUAAUGCUAGCCAUUUUCUGGUUUGCUAAAUCCUUGAAAUUUUCUAUUGAGAUCUGGAUGGUUACACUUUUAACUGUGAACUUAAAUGCCAAUCCUUCGAGUUGCAUCGGAAACAGCUUGAGUGGAGCAUCUUUGGAUUAUCCUUAUUUAAGAAUCUACCCUCUUUUUCAAUGGAAUAUAAGUCCUUUUACUUCAUUAGGAAGUUUGAGGAAGCUUGAUGAGCAGCCUGAGUGGUUGAAAGGUGGGAAUCUUCGGGAUUAUCAGCUUGAAGGUUUGAAUUUUCUAGUUAACAGCUGGAGAAAUGAUACAAAUGUAAUAUUAGCUGAUGAAAUGGGUCUUGGAAAAACUGUUCAGUCAGUUUCAAUGCUUGGUUUUCUACAGAAUGCUCAGCAAAUUCAAGGUCCCUUUCUUGUUGUUGUUCCAUUGUCUACUUUGUCAAACUGGGCAAAAGAAUUCAAAAAGUGGAUGCCUACCAUGAAUGUUAUCAUAUAUGUUGGCACCCGUGCGAGUCGCGAGGUCUGCCAGCAGUAUGAAUUUUACAAUGACAAGAAUAUGGGCAGGAGUAUAAAGUUUGAUACCCUUUUGACUACGUACGAGGUAUUAUUGAAAGAUAAGGUAGUACUCUCCAAAAUUAAGUGGAACUAUCUUAUGGUCGAUGAAGCACACAGGUUGAAGAACAGUGAGGCCUCUUUGUACACAACAUUGUUGGAAUUCAGCACAAAGAACAAGUUGCUUAUUACUGGUACUCCCCUUCAAAACAGUGUUGAAGAGCUAUGGGCUUUGCUUCACUUUCUUGAUCCUGACAAGUUUAGGAGCAAGGAUGACUUUGUGCACAAGUACAAGAAUCUUAGUUCAUUUAAUGAGAUUGAGCUUGCCAAUCUGCACAUGGAAUUGAGACCUCACAUUCUCCGAAGAGUCAUAAAAGAUGUGGAGAAGUCCUUGCCUCCAAAGAUUGAACGCAUCCUUAGGGUUGAGAUGUCACCACUGCAGAAACAGGAUGAUGCAAGGCUGCUGCUUGGAAUUCACCAUCAUGGAUUUGGCAAUUGGGAAAAGAUAAGGCUAGAUGAAACACUUGGUCUUACUAAGAAAAUUGCUCCAGUAGAACUUCAACAUCAUGAAACUUUCUUACCUCGAGCUCCUCAGCUGAAAGAAAGAGCUUCCCAACUUCUGGAAAUGGAAGUUGUUGCUGUUGGUGGGAAGAGUUCUAAUGUUAAAGUUGGCCGUAAGAAUGCAAAGAAACUGAAGGAAAAUCUUCUAAAUAUUCCAUUAUAUAGUGGAAAAGGCAAACAGCGGAAACCUGGUUCUCCUAAUCUAAAUGGACAAAUAAAUAAAUCGAGAGCCCCAAGAUCCCAGAAGGUGGAACCAUUGGUUAAAGAGGAAGGUGAAAUGUCUGAUAAUGAAGAAGUUUAUGAGCAAUUCAAGGAAGUGAAAUGGAUGGAGUGGUGCCAAGAUGUCAUGUUAGACGAGGAAAAGACAUUGAAACGCCUUCAAAAACUUCAGUCUACGAGCGCAGAUCUGCCGAAGGAGAAGGUGCUCUCCAAAAUACGUAAUUAUUUGCAGCUUCUUGGUCGAAGGAUUGACCAAAUUGUUUCAGAAUAUGAACAUGGACCCUAUAGGCAAGAAAGUAUGUAUUUUCAAUCUUUUCUUGACCCCCUCGCCCCUCCUUUAUAUGGUGAUUCAUUAAUGUCUUUCAUGGAUUGA